AUGGAUCCCAAUGCCAUGAACGACGACGAUGCGUCUGGUGGGCAGUUUGCCGAGCGCAUUCCAGUCACUGCGUUCGAUCGUGAGGCUGUGGAGUUCACGACUCGGGAGGUGGAGCGUCUGAAUGCCGCUGUGCGAGCGCAUCCCGAGAUUGGCGCGCGCUCGGAGUUUUUCCAGGACGAGGCGAACGUGGUGAAGGGACUGCCGGUGUUUCAGGGCAAACACACGCGGUUCGUGUACGACGAGGAGGAGGGCGAGGAGAUUGUGGCGGUAGUGGACGUGACGCAAGAGGCGCUGGAUAAUGGACCUGUGGUGCGGACGGUCGCGGAGCUGGACGAGGACGUCGAUGACGAGGAGGAGGAGGAGGAGGGGAAUGAGGCAGAGGCGGAGCAAGAGACAGCGGGGCCGAACGUGUUUUGUAGUAGAGACGAAGCGUGUAGUAUGGUGGAGGACGGCGUCCAGGUGGACACUUUGAUGGAAGACGUGGAGAUGGAGAUGGCUGCAGUGGCGAUUGAUGAGCGGAAGUUGAUGGACGCAGCCGCGAAGAGACAGUGA